CAACCCAGGACGCAGGCGCGUGCGCGCCGUACGCAUAAAUCCCGCGGUGGGCGGCGCCGCGCUCAUCCGAGCAUCAUGGAGAGCCAGCUCGGGCCGCAGCCUGGCAGUCCGGGCCGCGCCGAGAGGCUGAACGCGCGGCUGCUGGACGAAUUCGUGUCGCUGCACGGCCCCGCGCUGCGUGCCUCGGGAGUUCCGGAGCGACUAUGGGGCCGCCUUCUGCACAAGCUGGAGCACGAGGUUUUCGAUGCCGGGGAGAUGUUUGGGAUAAUGCAGGUGGAGGAGGUGGAGGAGGCUGAGGACGAGGCGGCCAGGGAGGCUCAGAGAAAGCAGCCUAAUCCUGGGGGCGAGCUGUGCUACAAGGUCAUUGUGACCAGUGAGAGCGGCGUCCGGGCGGACGACCCCAACAGCAUCUUCCUCAUCGACCACGCCUGGACGUGCCGUGUGGAGCAUGCACGCAAGCAGCUGCAGCAGGUGCCUGGCCUCCUGCACCGGAUGGCCAACCUCAUGGGCAUCGAGUUCCAUGGGGAAGUGCCCAGCCCAGAGGUUGUGGCCCUAGUGCUGGAGGAGAUGUGGAAAUUCAACCAGACCUAUCAGCUGGCCCACGGGACGGCCGAAGAGAAGGUGCCGGUGUGGUACAUCAUGGACGAGUUCGGCUCAAGGAUCCAGCACUCAGACAUGCCCAGCUUCGCCACUGCUCCCUUCUUCUACAUGCCGCAGCAGGUGGCAUACACGCUGCUGUGGCCCCUAAGGGACCUGGACACAGGCGAGGAGGUGACCCGGGACUUUGCCUACGGAGAGGCAGACCCUCUGAUCCGGAAGUGCAUGCUGCUGCCCUGGGCCCCCGCCGACAUGCUGGACCUCAGCUCCUCUACGCCUGAGCCUCCUGCCAAGUACUACCAGGCCAUUUUGGAGGAAAACAAGGAGAAACUGCCGCUCACCAUUAGCCCGGUGGCACGUCCCCAGGGCCACACCUUCAGGGUCCACUGCGACGUGCAGCAGGUUCUCAGCCACCUCACCCACCCUCGUUUCACCUUCACCGAGAGCGAGGCUGACGCCGACAUCCUCUUCCACUUCUCGCACUUCAAGGACUACAUGAAACUCAGCCAAGAGAGCCCACAGGUGCUGCUCAACCAGUUCCCCUGCGAGAACCUGCUGACUGUUAAGGACUGUCUGGCCUCCAUCGCUCGUCGGGCUGGGGGUCCUGAGGGUCCCCCCUGGCUACCCCGAACCUUCAACCUGCGCACUGAGCUACCCCAGUUUGUCAGCUAUUUCCAGCACCGGGAGAGACGGGGUGAAGACAACCACUGGAUCUGCAAGCCCUGGAACCUGGCCCGCAGCCUGGACACUCACGUCACCAACAACCUUCACAGCAUCAUUCGACACCGAGAGAGCACCCCCAAGGUUGUGUCCAAGUACAUUGAAAGUCCCGUCUUGUUCUUCCGGGAAGACGUGGGGAACGUCAAGUUUGACAUCCGCUACAUUGUGCUGCUGCGCUCGGUGAAGCCGCUGCGGGUGUUUGUAUACGAUGUGUUCUGGCUGCGCUUCUCCAAUCGGCCCUUCGCCCUCAAUGACCUAGACGACUAUGAGAAGCAUUUCACCGUCAUGAACUAUGACCCGGAUGUGGUGCUGAAGCAGGUUCACUAUAAUGAAUUCAUUGCCCAGUUUGAGGUGCAGUACCCAGAGUUUCCCUGGGGUGACGUCCAGGCUAAGAUCUUCAAGGCCUUCACAGAGCUGUUCCAAGUGGCAUGUGCCCAGCCACCGCCCAUGGGCCUCUGCGACUACCCCUCAUCCCGGGCCAUAUAUGCUAUUGACCUCAUGCUCAAGUGGGCCAGCCACCCAGAUGGAAAGCGGAUAAUGCAGCCCCAGAUCCUGGAGGUGAACUUCAACCCCGACUGUGAGCGAGCUUGCAAGUACCACCCCUCAUUCUUCAACGAUGUCUUCAGCACCUUGUUCCUGGACGAGACCGAAGACUGCCAUGUCUCCCGCAUCAUCUAGGUGUCCAGAGUUCCGCCUGUGCUUGUAGCUGGUUCCAGCAUCUGCUCACGGAACUGCCUCUGCAGUCCCAGCCUUCUCCCUCCCUCUCUUCCCUCCUUUCCUCCCUCCCUCCCUCGCCAGCCAGAGCCUCAGCCUAAGGAAGGCUCAGCUCUCCUGAGCCGGGUUCCUGCUUCCUAUGUGGGGUAUCAGGGCCAUAUGUGGCAGGGCUGGGCUCUGACCAGGCCCUUCUCUUAACGCCCUCUUCUCUGAUGAGUCUGUAGCUCAGCCGAGGGCUUUUCUCCUGGCAUCCAGAGAGCACGCAGAUAGGGUUCCUCAGGGAAGUGUUAGGGAGCCCUGUAUCCACCAGGGCCUGGGAGUACUCUCUCAGAAUCUCUGCCCUCCUGUCCCAUGGCUGCUGGAAGCAGGGUAUGAGAACCCUGUGUUGCACCCACAGGCCCCAGAACAGCCAAGGGGAAACGUUUGCCAACCCGGCCUUAAGCCUCGGUGUCCUCCACCAGAGCCUUCACCAGCAGCCUUCCCAGCCGUGCCAGCCUUUAGUAUUUCUUCCCCUUCUGGGAAGCUGGGCUGUUCAGAGUCCCAUGUGCUCUGCGAGCUGGCACCUCACCAAGUCCCACCGUGCUCUUGUGGGAGACAGGGUGCUAGGGUGCUCUAGGGUGUGGUGUUUUCGUGGCAGAGUCCAGGUAAGGGUGACUGGAAAUGCCAGAGCUGCUAGGAUGGCCCUGGGGAGAACUUCAUGUGGGAAUCAGGCUGCCUCUUGCCAAGGUUCAGUCAAAGUGUUAAGGUUAAUUUCUUUUAACCUACAGAAAGACAAUGUAACUUGGAGUUCCUAAUUUUGUUGCUGGAAUUUGAAGUCAGCCACCAUUGUUUCUAUAACUGCAGGGUGCCUGGAUGCAGCUCCCUAGGAAGUGGGCGUGGUUAGAGGGGGCGGGAGCUGCUUCCAGACUCCUACUGUUCAGGUGGGGCACUGUGGUGGCUGUUGUACUUGUGAAGGUAAAAGUGACCCUCUCUUAGCAUGACUGGACUUGGUUCUCCCUGCUCAUCUCUGGGCAUGUAGGCCACCUGUUAGGCACCUACAGGUCCCUAACCAUAUUGGGUCCAGCCACCAUCAGGGUCAGGGUAGACACUUCUCGUGGUCCUGCCCCUGGAAAGCUGCUGGCCUCUGACCUUUUAUACUGCAAUAAAAUUUGCCUUUUCA